UUCUUCAGUGCAUUUUGCAAUGUGUGUUGUCUUUGGCAGUCAUACUAAUUUGCAUUGUUUCCUUGUGUGACUGAUAGAAUAAUGUGACAGUGAUUAAUCUGCAGGAUUAUUUAUUCCCAUGCUUUUCCAGUCUAGAGGAGGCAUGAGGCAGGUCAGACUCAGACUGGCCGCCUGUCGGAUGAUCCCGCAUGGGGAAAUGACGUCAGACCUUCCCGGAGGCGAAUGGAACGUCUCUCCAACCAGACAUGUGAACAAAGCUGGAACUGACUUGCUGAGAGCAGAACAGGAAGUGGAGGAGGAGGAGGGGGAUGUUCAGGAAGAAGAUCAUCUCUUCACUAGUCAACAUGAAUGUCCCCUCAUUCAGCAGAAGGUGAAUGGACCUAUGUUGUGGGAUUCUGAGAAAUCGCAGCCUCCUGCUUUCCAGUCCAACAUCAGAGUCCCACAGGAGGACCUGUGGCCUCUGACUGACCAAGAAGAACUGAAACGACAGCGCCAGUCUCAGUUCCUGAUGCACCGCCGUCUGUACAUGAACAAUGAGAGAGAGCAAGUGAAGGAGAACAAACAGAACAGGAAACACCUGAAGAAGACGGCAAGGAUCAAAGCCGAGAAAGAACAUAUUCGUCUGGAGGAAGAGAGGAAGUUGGAGAGAGUCCGGCGCGUCGCGGAGGCCAAACAGAAGCUGGAGGAGAGAGAGCUGCUGAUUCUGGAGCGUCUGAAGCUUGAGGAGGAGGAGGAGAGAGAUGUGCAGCUGCAGAGAAGGAAACGAGAGGAGAAACCCAAAUCAGCUGGAAGGUUCAUUGAGGCUCUUAAAGCUCAGAUGAAGGAGCGACUGUCUCAGGAGGAGUUGGAGCCUCCUCCUCUCUGCUGCUGCGCGUCGUCUUUCUGGGACUCCCACCCCGACACCUGCGCCAACAACUGUGUCUUCCACAACAAUCCCAAAGCGUAUGUCAAGGCCUUACAUUCAACAAUGCUGAGUCUGGAGUUACAGUAAAGGAAGCCGAUGAACUGAACUCCCUCCUGUGUGUUUUCAAAGGAACAGUCCAAUAUUUUGGGAAAACCAGCGUAAGUUGUCAAACCCAGAGUCCGAUGAGAAGACUGAUGUCUGUUUCAUCUCCGUCCAGGAUGUGUAAAUGUGAGAUGGAUUGCAAUGACAUUUCGUCCAGGCAUUCAUGUUUUCCACAAGAUAAAUGCAACUGAUGGUGAUAAUUUCAUGACUAUGAAAGACAAUGAUUUAAUCUGUAUCAUUAAAGGGCCAUAGUGCUGCUGCAUGUUCUUAGACGAUUUACUAAAAAACAUAAAAAAUCUAAACAAUCAAAUGCAUUUUCAGCGUCUAAAGAAGUUGUGGGUGAGGUGCAUAUGAGAUCAAAAGCAUGAAUAAUGUACAAGAAUUGUCUGGUAUUAUCUGUAACAUGUCUGUUUUUGUAGAAAAUAAAAACGAGAUGUAUAUGUGUCCAGAACAUUCACCGUUUGUGUGUAAAGCAUUCACAGAUGUACACAUUUUUAACAAUAAAGAACUGAAUGCAACAAGUGAACUAGGUGAAAACAAUCCUCUCUUAAAAGAUGUGAGACAGAGACAGAAAAUCUUUAAUUGUAAAGAUAAAGAUUUUUGUCUAACUUUGUGAAUAAAAAAUUCUGAUGUUUUCAACUAUUCACUUAUCUCCUUUCUAAUCCUUUUUUGUUCUUUAAUGAGGAAGGAAUUCAGUUGAAGCCAACUUGAUUUCCAAACUCAUUUAAAGGAGCCUCAGACAGAAAGCUUUUGACCCAUGACCCAGACUUGUCACAUUCCUGGAAAACCCCUGUAGAUAAGAAGGAAUUGAAUUGUCCCAGCUACCUUAACAAUGCCGAUAGGUUUCCGUGAAAGAUGGUAGGCCGUGUAGAAGAGGAAGGUGAGGAAAAGAAUAUAACCACGAUGCCUGCAAAAAACAAGAUGACAUAAUAAAUGUAGGCCACGUCAACGUUCUUCAGAGUUGCGCCUAAAAAAUGUAAUUUUUCAAUAUUUUUUAAUUUAAUGUCACUUAGUAUUUAUUCUUAAUAAGAACCAGUGUGUAAUACGAGGAUUUUAUAGAACAUGAAGCAUUGCUGUAGAUUAAACUACCAACAGUCUAUAAAGGAGUUCA